AUGACAGGCGCACAAGUAAAGGCCGAGCAGCUGGCAUCCAAUACGGUGGAGCCGUCGCAGGACUCGAGACUUACUAGCGACUUUGGCACAAAACAGUCCAAUACCGAUGACUGGCUGCGAGUCGCCAGUGACGAUAAGACUGGUCCUUCGCUGCUGGAAGAUGCUUUUGCAAGAGAAAAGAUUCAUCGGUUCGAUCAUGAGCGCAUCCCGGAGCGCGUCGUCCACGCCCGCGGCGCCGGCGCUUUCGGCACCUUUCGGCUCCUCGAGUCCGCCGCGGACGUGACCCACGCCGGCGUCCUGACCGACACGUCCCGGCAGACCCCCGUCUUCGUGCGCUUCUCCACCGUUCUCGGCAGCCGGGGCUCCGCCGACACGGUGCGCGACGUGCGCGGCUUCGCCGUCAAGAUGUACACGGACGAGGGCAACUGGGAUAUUGUCGGCAACAACAUCCCCGUCUUCUUCAUCCAGGACGCCAUCAAGUUCCCGGACCUGAUCCACGCCGGCAAGCCGGAGCCCACUGGCGAGAUCCCACAGGCGCAGACGGCGCACAACAACUUCUGGGAUUUCAUGUUCCUGCACCCGGAGGCGACGCACAUGUUCAUGUGGGCCUCGUCGGACCGCGCGAUCCCCCGGUCGUACCGCAUGAUGCAGGGCUUCGGCGUCAACACCUUCACGCUCGUCAACGAGGAAGGGAAGCGGCACUUUGUCAAGUUCCACUUCACGCCGGCGCUCGGCGUGCACUCGCUCGUGUGGGACGAGGCGCUCAAGAUUGCCGGCCAGGACCCGGACUUUCACCGCAAGGACCUGAUGGAGGCCAUCGACGCCGGCGCGUUCCCCAAGUGGCGGUUUGGCAUCCAGACCAUCGCCGAGGGCGACGAGGAUCAGUUCGAGUUUGACGUGCUGGACGCGACCAAGGUCUGGCCCGAGGACCUGGUGCCGAUCCGGUACGUCGGCGAGCUGGAGCUCAACCGCAACGUCGACGAGUACUUCACCGAGACGGAGCAGGUCGCCUUCUGCACCAGCCAUGUCGUGCCCGGCGUCGGCUUCUCCGACGACCCGCUCCUGCAGGGCCGCAACUUCUCCUACUUUGACACCCAGAUCAGCCGUCUCGGCAUCAACUGGGAGGAGCUGCCCAUCAACAAGCCCGUCUGCCCGAUGAUGAACUUCAACCGCGACGGCGCCAUGCGGCACCGCGUCAGCAAGGGCAAGUUCAACUACUGGCCGAACCGCGGCGAGGUGCAGCCGCCGGCCACGGUGAGGGAGGGCGGGUACCAGGACUUCCCGCAGGCGGUGCGCGGCGUCAAGGUGCGCGACAAGAGCGCCAAGUUCAAGGAGCACAUCGCGCAGGCGCAGCUGUUCUACAACUCGCUCGCGGAGAUUGAGAGGCAGCACCUGCGGGCGGCGCUCGCGUUCGAGCUGGACCACUGCGACGACCCGGUCGUGUACUCGCGCGUGACCUCGCGACUCGCCGAGAUCGACGCCGACCUCGGCGCCGCCGUCGCGAAAAUGGUCGGCGGCGAGGCGCCCGCGGGCAGGUCCGGCGGGAAUCACGGAAGGACGGCGCCGGGCCUCAGCCAGCUCGAGUACCAACCCGAGACGGCCACCAUCGAGUCGCGCAAGGUAGCCAUCCUCAUCGCCGACGGGUACGACGGCGCCGCCUUCACCGCCAUGCUGGCCGCCCUCAAAGCCCUCAAGGCCGUGCCCGUCAUCAUCGCACCCCGACGCUCCGCCGUCUUCGCCGCCGGGGAGGACCGCAGCAGCGGCGGCGGCGGCGGCGUGGUGCCGGACCACCACCUCGAGGGCCAGCGGAGCACGCUGUUCGACGCGCUGCUCAUCCCCGGCGGCCACGACGAGCAGCUGGUCAGCAGCGGGCGCGCGGUGCACUACGUCCGCGAGGCGUUCGGGCACCUCAAGACGGUGGCGGCGACGGGCGAGGCGGGCGUGCGUCUGCUGGACAGGGCGAUCCAGCUGCAACAGAUAAAACUGUCCGAGGGCGCCGAGUGCGUGGAGAGCUACGGCGUGGUGAGCCUGCGGCGCCCGGGCGCGGACGGCAUAGGGCAGGUGGUGCGGGCGGUGAAGAACGCAAAGGGGUUCCUGGACCAGUUUGUGUAUGCGGCGAGCCAGCACCGGUGCUGGGAGAGGGAGUUGGAUGGGCUGACGCAGCUGGUUGCGUACUGA